ACGAACGGUCAGGAAUAAGGCAUUUCUGAAAAUGCUGGGCAUUAGCCAUGUGGUGAACUGCGCCGAAGGGAGCGGCUUUACAAUGGUGUCGACCGGCAGUGGCUAUUACACGGAUGUAGACAUCAAAUACAUUGGCAUAAACGUGUUGGACAUCCCUCAGGCCAGGAUUUCAGCCCAUUUCCACGAAUGCGCCAAUUUUAUGGACAAAGCCAUCGGAGAGGGCGGAAGAGUGAUAGUGCACUGCUAUAUGGGAUUGAGUCGGUCGGCCACCAUAGCCAUCGCGUAUCUCAUGAUUAAGAAGCAAAUGAGUGCUGAGGAGGCGUUGAGGACUGUGCGAAGACAUCGCGAAAUACGUCCCAACGACGGCUUUUUGCGACAAUUAUUAGCUUUGGAGUCAAAGCUAUUG